GGUAUGUCACCAUCCCAUGACCCCCCCAGGAGGAUGACAUUGAUGGGAUUCACAUCGUGGCCUUUGCAGAGGAGGACGAUCCUGACGGCUUCGAGUUCCUGGAGACCCUCAAGGAGGUGGCGCGGGACAACACCGACAACCCCAAACUCAGCAUCAUCUGGAUCGACCCCGAGGAUUUCCCACUGCUCAUCCCCUUCUGGGAGAGAACCUUCGGCAUCGACCUCUCCCAGCCCCAAAUCGGAGUGGUCAAUGUCACAGAUGCUGACAGCGUGUGGCUGCCGAUGGCGGAUGAGGACGACCUUCCGGACGCGGCGGAGUUGGAGGAGUGGAUCGAGGACGUUCUGGAGGGGGAGAUCAGCACUGAGGACGAUGACGAUGACAAUGACGAUGACGAUGAUUAGGGUCACUCCGUCCCUGUCCCCAUCCCUGUGUGUGGCCAUUAAAGUCCCCAUAGAGCCAGCACUGGGCUGUGUGACUGCGGGGACGUGGGGGGGGGACGAAAAAUGUCCUCAUGUGGGAUGGUCCCCAGUGUGCGUGGGGAGGGAGGGGGACACCCCCAGGGAGGGGGACACCCCUGAGAAUGGGGACAUCCCGAAGGGAUGGGGACAUUCCUGUGGGAUGGGGACACUCCAAAGGGGCGGGGACACCCCUGGCGGGUGGGGUCACCCCAAAGGGAUGGGGACACACGAAGGGGACAGGGACACCCUACAGGGAUGGGGACACUCCUACGGGACGGAGCCCCCGAAGAGGACAGUGACGCCCAAAAAUGAAUGGGGGGGCAUGAAGGCAGCGGUAUGA